GUUCCAACGUACUUCUGAGUCCUUAUUCUCUCCAGUACUACGUGUUGUACUCUCUACUGAACUAUACUCGGACUACGCGUACCUUCGAGCAUUGCAGUGAUGGACCUGACGACACACGUCACACUACCGGUCGAAGUACUGGAGCGCGUUAUCGACUACGUGGCUUCAGACGAUCACCCAGGAUUCCCCACCCUCUGCAACUGUGCGCUGCUUUGCCGUGCACUAUACAACCGGAGCCGAUAUCUCCUGCUCAGCACUGUCCGGCUUCGCAGCGUCCAGCACACCUUCUCACUUGCAAGGUUACUGCGUGGGCACGGGCGCCUCCAGGACGCGAUACGAGCUGUUGCGAUUGAAGGAUGCGUCGAACUCUCUACGGCGGAUAUGUCACUUGCGGUGCCGUCGCUCAGACACCUCAGUACCUUUACAGUUGCAUUGGCAGGGAUACUUCCCUGCGUCGAUGUGCUGGAGCUCCGCGAUGCGGAUUGGGCGAAGGGCACUGUCCAUCCAAACGCUUUCAUGCACCUGUCCUCCUUCCCGUCCAUAUCCGUCCUCUCGCUCAGCCGCGUCCAGUUCUCCGAUGCCUCCACCUUCGGGAAGCUCAUCUCUGCCUUGCCUUGCCUCGACCAUUUACAAUGCUCCCACGUGGUUUUCCUACUCGUUUACCGCGUGCAGGAGCCCGUGAUCGCGACUCUGAAGUCCCCUCUUCGUAUGAGAAGCAUACAGAUGGAUGCAGAGUCUGCGGCCGAGAUGUCCAGCAUCUUCAGGAACCCGAAGUUCGCUGGACAGCUUGAAAGGAUCCACCUGGGUACCUCGCUAUCACCGCUUCCUCUGAAAUCGCAGGACUUGCGACACACGGGCUACCAACAGCUUCUCAACGCCGCUGGGCCGACGCUUUUGGAUCUAGAUCUUAUCGUCGGUGACUGGGACUGUGACCCGUACACGGCGGUAGAGAAGAUUGCACAACACUUCAGUCUCGCGCAAGUCAAGCGCUUAGGAUCCCUUAAUGUGACGAUCAAUGUUGGUGCCCGCGACUACGACAUCCCGCCCUGGGCGGACGUGCCGGAAUACAUGUGGAUCGCCACUUGGCUCGGCUCUCUACCCUCUUUCUCAGAUUCCCCAGGAAAGAUCCAUAUCACCUUCAGCUGCAGCUUGCAUGUCCGUCCGGAAAUAUGCGAACGGCUGAUCAGGAAUCUGCGCUUGGGUGGCGAUCCCAAGGCAAUCGACAACGUCCUCGCUCGUGACCCGUUCCUGCAUCUGCAGGAAUUCACCAUCGAAGUGCGUGACCAUUGCAACUCUUCGGUCCCGGAGGACCUUGAGUUGUCCAUCCGGAAACAAAUGGCCCAAACGGACCGUCGAGGGAUACUACGAGUCGUGGUCUAGACGGGUUGUCAGGAUUGGCUAGUGAAUAUGGCUGCUUGCGUGCACCGCCUGAACACUGCACAAUUGCUGCACGCAACUCACACGAUAUCGCAAAUCCUGCACUGUUUCCGCACCCCUUCCACCGCUCAGCAGCCCUUGUUCUGUCACAGCGUAUCGAGGUCCCAGGGUCCAUGCCUGCGGCGUUCGCCGCGAUUCCAG